AUGAAGGUGAAGCUGCUUUUUCCGUACGCUGUGUCCUGCGUGUUCGGCGGCAUGGGCCGCGCCUGGGGCAUGGCUAUGGUCGGGCUCCACGUUGUGCUCUGCAUCAUCAAGGUCCUCUCCUUCACUACAGAUCCCGAGGUGGCCCGCUUCUGGGUACCGAUCUUCCGCGUCUGGGUGUACCUGGGCAUCGCCGCGAUCGUGCUCAUGACGUGCGUGAACAUCGUCUACUACAUGCCCGUGUAUGGGGUGUACACCAUGAACUACGAUCUGCCGCCGCAGCAGCCGGCGGCAGCGGUAGUGGCGACACCUGAACAGCUCCACCUCCUCCUCCGGAGAUGGAUAUGUGUUAGGUUUGGUCGGUGCGUUCGGUAUGUGUUUGAUUGCUGGCGCCAGGCACCACUAGAAAUUUGGAAGAUGCUUCAGGUGCUUCUGGUUUUGUUAUUAAAUGGGAUCAAUGGGAAGGACCAGCGUGCUGAAAAGAUUGUGCUUUCUCUUGCCCCACCAGUCAAAGCAAAGAUAGAGGACAGAUGGUGGCAUACAUCAGUGAAAGCACAUCACUUGACGAAGGAAUUAGGGCAUGCUGUAUUGGCUGAACAGAGUAGGAAAUUGAUCAAAGAUUCACAUCGUUGUCUGGUUUUGUUGGAUGAUUAUCCUCUCCUUGAUGCUAGAAUCUGGGAGCAUUUUGAUGUUGCUGCUCCCUGCAUUGUAUUACUACUUUUUGAUAAAUGGAUCAAUGGGAAGGACCAGCGUGGUGGAAAGCUUUUUCUUUCUCUUGCCCCACAGUUAAUCAAGGGUGUCAGUAUACACUACCUCAGAUUUAGUUAG